CCAUCCGCUGUGAGUCGCGCAGGGGUUAAUCCCUUCCACCGUGGUUGGGACUCUCCCGCGGUUCGGUGCGAAGUGUCUUUUGUCAAACGUGAUGAUGAAAUCAAACGAAGAACAGUUGCCAUUAAUCGGUGCGAGUGUGAUAUUGUUGAUGCUAAUUGCUUCCUGAGUUUGCCGUUAUCGAGUUUCCCGUGUAACGAUCGUGCGUCGCGCGAUAAAAGUCACGCUAUUCUAUAAAACCAGAGAGAUUGAUCGUAAUUGAUACAAGUACGAUGGAGCCGAAAUUCACGCCGGAAAACGAGUCGUUUACUCCGAGAGCAUAUCAGAUAGACCUCUAUGAAAGGGCAGUGCGAGAGAACGUGAUACUUUAUUUGCCGACAGGCGCGGGCAAAACAUACAUAGCCGUUAUGCUUUUGAAACAUCUGAGCCGUGAUCUACUCAAGCCUUACGGAGAAGGUGGAAAACGUAGUAUAUUUAUUGUAAACACCGUGGCAUUGGUAGACCAACAGUCGACAUACAUAAGAAGGCACACUAAAGGCCUAAAUUGUGGAGGUUACAGUGGAGAUAUGAAAGUGGAUUUUUGGAGUGAACAAAAAUGGUUGGCCGAAAUCGAGAAAAAUCAAGUUUUAGUAAUGACGUCACAAAUCUUCCUGAAUCUGCUUGUCCAUAGAUAUAUAGCGUUAAGCAGUGUCAACUUAAUCAUAUUUGAUGAAUGUCACAGAGCUGUGUCUAACCAUCCGAUGAGACAAAUUAUGCAGCAAUUUUAUUUCUCUCAGGAGGAUCAUCCACGUAUUUUAGCUAUGUCAGCAACUUUAUUAAACUCUAAUAUUAAAGCAGAAAAAAUUGAAUCUACAGUUAGGGAAUUAGAAGUAACAUUUCAUGCGAAGGUAACAACUGUAGAGUCGUCAGAUUGUAUUCAACAAUAUUGCACAAACCCAAAAGAGGAUAUCGUCAAGUAUACGAAAUAUUCAGCUCCAGAAGUCAUGAAAACGAUAACUCAUAUUAUAGAAGCGAGUCUAGAGAUUCUAAAAAAUGUGAAGCUUAAUUUUGAUGAAAUAUAUAAUGAAUCGAGUCCGGAAAUGCGGCCUAAAACAAAAUCUUCCAAGCUAACUACUAUUAUGACAAACAUAAAAACGACCACAUUACAAGCAGGCUUAUACGGCGGAAAUAUAUCCGCUUUAUUACAUUUAAUCCAGUUAGAGAGUUUAAGGAAAUACUCCGAUGACCAAAUGAUGGACGCUCUUCUGGAUUAUCUUAUUACGCAAGUAAUGUUAACAAGGAAAAUAUUCGAUAAUGAGAUGAAAGAAUGCAGCGAAUUAGAACGAUUAUACAACUUUUCAUCUGACCAAAUCCGUAAAUUAUUCGAGAUAUUGCUACAAUAUAAUAAUAAAUUAAGCCAACAAAAGUUUUGCUGCAUUAUUUUUGUCAGGGAAAGAUUUAUGACGCAAGUGAUAUAUCAUAUAUUAAAAACAUUAUCUACACAAGAUAAACAAUAUAGUUUCCUCUUGCCCGAUUAUGUACUUGGAUUUCAGAAUAAUCCUUACAAAAACAGUAAAGAAGUUUCAUGUAUUGCAAACUGGAAUAAAAAAGUGUUGCACAGAUUUAAAAAUGGUUCGGCAAAUUGCGUCGUUGCAACCGAUGUUGUUGACGAAGGUAUCGAUGUACCAAGUUGCACAUUGAUAAUACGGUAUGAUAUGCCAACGGAUUUUAGAGGGUACGUUCAAAGUAAAGGCCGGGCACGCCACAGCUCAAGUAGUUAUAUAAUAUUAAUGCCGAUUGAGGAUGAUUAUGAUUUUUUGAAAAAAUAUUUUCAAUAUAAGUGUACAGAGACGCAGUUGAAGAAGAUUUUGAUAGGACAAAGCGAGCAGCGCACAGUGCCUACCGAAAACGACAUUGUAAACGGUCUAUAUAAAGAUUUUGAGAUUGCACCGUACGUAGUGAAACGUGAUGGUACUGUGGAAAGUAUCCUAACAGAGCUGGCCGCGAUUAGCUUGAUAAAUAUGUAUUGCGCUGCUUUGUUGACAUCGAAAUUUGUUGGUCUGGUUCCGGUUUGGAAGUUAUAUAGAAGUUAUAUAGACAAUGAGGAGCAAUUUAGGAUUUCUCUCAAAUUACCAAACUUAUCGCCACUAAAAACCGAAGUUUAUGGCGAUUUUAUGAAGAGUAUAGAUAGCGCUAAACGAUCUGCUGCUAUGAACAGUUGUAUAAAAUUGCUUGAGCUGGGUGUAUUGACCAACAAGCUGUUACCUGCAACUGACGAGGAACUCACGCAAAAUUUGGAUUUCUUGUUCCCAAAUUGGAUAGAUGAAGACAAUUAUCGAUCUGCAACAUAUAAAAGAAAGCGAGAACACCAGCUAGAAUAUCCAUUAGCGUUUUAUGGUGCAUAUCCGCAACCUUCACAGCCAUUAUAUCUUCAUGUUUUUAAUUGUACUUCCACGUUUUCUGUGGCGGACAACAACAGACGCAAAGUUUUUUAUGAUUUGCUUAAUGACAAGAGUGGUUUUGGUAUUCUUUCAACAAAAAAAUUGCCAAAGAUACCUUCAUUUCCGAUUUUCAUGAAAGACGGUAAAUUAAAUGUCGAUGUAAAAUCGGAUCACGCAACGGUGAUAUUGAGCGAAAGUGACAUCGAAUUGCUUAAGAGGUUCCAUUUCUUAUUGUUCAAUGAAAUUAUACCUGUUAUUAAAAGUUUUAUGAUUUUCGAUAACGACAAUCUUGAAAAUUCCUUCUUAAUUGUCCCAUUGAACGAUAAGCAGGAGAUAAAUUGGAACGCUGUUAAAACAUAUGAACAUUUGGAACGAAUUGAGCCGUGCAAGCCCUUUGUCUUUAGGACCGGCGAUUAUGAAUUAGCACUUGUUACUCCAACUUACAGAGGAUCAGCGGUCUAUGUAGUCACAAAGGUGUGCGACGAACUCACACCCGAAUCGUGGUUUCCUAAUGAAGAUUUCGAGACAUACGCACAUUAUUAUCAAGAAAAACACGGACUGAUUGUAGAAAAUCUUGACCAGAAUAUGUUGGAGGUGAAACCAAUACCGGUCAAAUAUAACUACAUAAAACCGAGAAAAUUGCCUGAAGGCCCGAUGAAAUAUAAGAAAACGGACGACACAGUGGAAGAUCUUCAAGAACAUCUAGUUCCAGAACUGUGUUUGAAGAUAAAUUUCCCGGCUGUGUACUGGCUAAAAGCGACCACGUUGCCUUCUAUUCUUCAUAGAAUUUGUCAAUUCUUAAUCGCCGAGGAUUUGAGAGUAACUAUUGCAAGAGAGACUGAAUUAGGAUCGUUAACGUUAGAAGAAUUAGCUCCUUUAAAAUUAGAAGAGAAUAUCGAGAAAUUGAAUGAAGAGGAUUAUAGUAAUGGACUGGAAUUGACAGACGACUUAAUUGAAAAAACGCAAUCGGAUGAAAUCGGACCGUAUUCAGAUUCAAAUAUGUUCGAUUUAGACUGUAAUCCCUUCUUGAAGGACCAGGAACCACGGGAUUUGUAUCGUAACAUGGACGAAAUUCAAAUGAUCGAUAUUCAAUAUUACAAUCAAUUUAUGUCAGCAUCUGAUCAAAAUGAGAGCGACAUGACAAAAGAGAAUAGUAGUGUCGGUAACUACAUUCAAAGGUCAGCAAUGUCAACACCAUUUUUGAAGAUUCUUCAAGAUUCGUCUGAUGAGCAAGGUUCCUCUUUUUCACAAGGCCCUGAUUCAGCAGAAAUUAUGCAUGCGCUGACCACUAAACUAGGCUCAGAUCUGUUCAACCUGGAGCGGUUGGAAACUUUAGGCGACUCCUACCUAAAAUUCUUCGUAUCGCUAUUUUUGUAUCACAAAUUCCCGUUGUUCAGCGAGGGUCAAUUGACAACGUUAAAGGGAAAGAUCAUUGGCAACCGGAAUCUCUAUUAUUGCGGCAAGGAAAAGGGUAUCCCCGGACGUAUAAAGAACGAUGCGUUUGUGCCGACGAGCAAUUUCAUCCCGCCCGCGUUCACAGUGUUCCGCCGCAUGCAAAAGUCAUUGCUACAACAGUCGGUAAUGCCAAAUGUAUUGUACGAAUUUCUAAUCCCGGAACAGGAGAAAUUCACCGGAUACAUGAGUGAAGAUACGAUAAGUGUGAUGGAGGAUGCAGUGGCAAACUGGGACAAGGGGGAUAAACAAACUGGCGUCGAACAUUAUCUCGGCGUGCAAAUCUUGUCCGAUAAAACCGUGGCGGAUUCAGUGGAAGCGCUUAUUGGCGUUUAUCUCAGGAGUAACGGUAUAAAAGGCGCUACAAAGUUACUCAAGUGGUUCGGUAUACUGCCUGACAUCGAUAUUGACGACUUACUGAACAAUUCACAAGAUCCUAUAGUGGGAAACGGCAAUCCUAAUCACCACAUGCCGUGGGCUGAUGCUAUGGAAACUACCUUCGGCUAUAAAUUUAAGAAUCGAGCGUUUUUAUUACAGGCGUUCACACAUCCAUCUUACACAGCGAAUGGAAUAACUGAGUGUUACCAAAGAUUAGAAUUUCUCGGAGAUGCCAUUCUUGAUUUUCUGAUAACGUGUUAUAUUUACGAAAAUUGUGGAAAUUUAAGUCCUGGCGAUCUCACCGAUCUGCGAUCUGCGCUUGUCAACAACGUAACAUUCGCUUGUUUGACGGUACGGUAUGGUUUGCAUACCGCUUUAUUGGCCUAUGCUCCAAAAUUGCACGAAAUAAUCGAUCGCUUUGUAAAGUUCCAAGAAGAACGCGAUUUUGUGGUUAAUGAUGAGUUGCUAUGCGUGUUGAUCGAAGAAGACGAAUGUAAUCUAGUAGAGUAUGUUGACGUCCCAAAAAUUCUGGGUGAUUUGUUCGAGUCUUUAAUCGGUGCCAUUUAUCUUGAUAGUGGCAAAAGCCUUACGAAAGUCUGGGAAAUUGUUUAUUCUUUUAUGCACAAAGAAAUCGAUGAAUUUAGCAAAAAUAUUCCUAAGCAACCAGUACGAGUGAUAUAUGAGAAUACAGACAUACGUCCUAAGUUCCUAGAAGCGACACUGAUUAAAGGCACUAACAUGGUUAUGAUACCUUUGAAAAUCACUAUCGCUGGUAAAGAAAAACUCUUCCAUGGUUUUGGCGCUAACAAAAAGCAGGCCAAACGCGCAGCCGCAAAACAAGCUUUAAAAAGACUGCAACUUGAAAAAUAAUUUUUUUUGAAGAUUGUUUUAUAUAACCAUAAUGUAUGUUUAUAAAUGUUAAUGUUUAUAGAUUUAUACAAAUAUCAAAACUGAUAUUAUUUCAUAUUUCAUAAGUCUUGUAAUACAGUGAGAUUUCGAUAUUUGACUGUGCAAGUAUUAAAUAUCAGUUUGUGAUUAAUAAAUCAGGUUAGAGCAAAAGGUUUAUAAUUUCAAUAAAAAUAUCAGUAAAGAAAAUUCAUAAAGAAAUUAUACAUUCUUUAUGUCUAAUGUUUAACAUUCGAUUAACUUAUUAAUUUCGAAUUAUUGGAUUUAUAGUUAUUAAUUUUUUUUUACCAUUAAUUAAAUUGUGUUUUUAUACAAUGCAUUCCGAAAUGUACUAACGAUAUUGAAUAUAUAUAUGGCGUAUGUAAUGUAAAACACAGAUUUUUAGUAUUAUUAGUACAUUUUGGAAUGCACUCGUAAUAUUUUCUGAUCCAAAUUUGUAAAAUUUUUUUUAAUGACAAAAAAAGAUUUGAAUUGCAGAUGGAAAAUAAAAAUUAUUGUAAGACUUGCAACAUCUGCUUUUAAUCUAAUAAACUUAAAUUGAAUUAAUAAAUCUUUCUUUUGCACCAACCGAUGAUCAAUAUGUUAUAAAUGCAUAAAAUUUGUAUUAUGAAAAUAUAUUUGAUAAAUAAUGUAUUUCAAAUUUCCAUUUUUUUUUUUUAAAUGAAUUAUUUUACUCUACUUUCUACAGAGUUCAUGCAUUUUUGAAAUUAAAUAUAUGGAGAUGCAUUAUAAUUCCAGUACAAUCAGUUACUUCCGAAAUAAUAAAAAAAAA